UCUAUUUUUGUCUUUUAGUAGGUCCCAUGAAUUAUGGACGUAAUCACAGCAAAGCUGGUUCUGUACUAUUUAAAUUAAACUCAUUCAUUCAAUUCUGGUUUAGUAGUGAUAGAAUGCGUGUUUACGUUAAUAGUAGAGUUUGGUUACCCAUUUAUUUUCUAUUGAUUUGCUAUAUAACCUAACGAAUAGCGCGAAAAAAAAAUGUGGGAAUUAAAAAAUCGAACUAACUUGAUUAUCAUAAACGAUUCUAUAUUAGAUAAUACGGCAGGUGAUACCUACAGUUCCUUUUUCAUAAAUAAUCUAAACAGUCUUGGUUACCAUGUCUCUAAAAUAACUAUAAUUCCAAGUGAUAUUAGAAUAGUUUCUCAAGAGAUAUUCUCAGCAAAUAAAGAAUGUGAUAUAACUUUAAUUUUAUCUAAUUUAUCAAAUGGAGUAGUUGGACAAGCCCUAGGAAUGUUAUUUGAAAAAAAAUUGGAAAAGAAAGAGCAACUAGAACAAUUUUUAAACAAAAAGAACAUUUCUUUCAAAGAGACAGAAACAAUGUAUCCUGCUUGUGUAAAUGUUUUGGAAGGAGAGAAAUAUCCUUUGAUUCAUAUUCAAAGAUUAUUUUUAAUUGAUGAGAAAUAUAUGGAUAGUAUAUUUCGUUCAGUAUUGAAACCAUACCUGAAAAAAUUCAAUGAACCAAUAGCAUUUGAAAAAAUGGCCGAUAUUUAUCUCAAUGGUAAUAGCGGUGAGUUGGAAAAUCUAGAAUAUAAUCAGGUAAAAUUCCAACUGACAAAAAAUACUGAUAAUAGUGUACUAAUUGAGUAUAAAUCCGAGGAUUUAGAUAGUCUUCUUCAAUUCGAGGAAGCUUUGAGACAUCUUGUGUUUAUAAGCUAUUCAAAACCAGUAUUGCAUGAUAGUUUGUAUUUGGAUUCAAAUUUGCUAGUGAAAAAUGCUAUUCAAGUAAUAGAAACCUGCUUUGAAAAAUAUGGCCCAGAAAACACUUUUUUGAGUUUUAAUGGAGGUAAAGAUUGUACAGUCCUUUUGCAUAUCACUAUAGCGGUUCUGGAGAAGCUUUUUCCUCUUUAUUCCCAAAAACUCAUCUGUUUAUAUGUACAAGAAGAUCGACCAUUCAAAGAACAAGAAGAAUUUAUUGAUAAAUGUCAAGAAUAUUUCAAUUUGGAAUUAGUUACAUUGAAAAUGAACAUAAAGGAGGCUCUUACAAUUAUUUUGAAAGAUAGACCUAAUCUUAAAGCCUGUCUAAUGGGUACCAGAAAGACAGAUCCCUUCUCCCAAAGUCUAUUGGAAUUUCAGGAUCAAGAACUCAAUAGCCUGAAAAAAAAUUGUUUGCAGCUUACCGAUCAAGAUUAUCCUGAAGUGAUGAGAGUAAAUCCUCUACUUGAUUGGAGCUAUUACCAUAUUUGGGAUUACUUACUUUACUAUAAAGUUCCAUAUUGUAUGCUGUAUAACAUGGGCUAUACUUCUUUAGGAAAUAUAGAUAAUACAGUUAAGAAUCCGCAUUUACUAUGCAAAGAUUUCUUCAAUGAAAAUGAAAAAUAUUUACCGGCUUAUAAACUCCUACAGGAAGGUAGUGAGAGAAUUGGUAGAAAUAGAUAAUACCAGCCUCCCAUAAAUAAUUUUUUUUUCUUUAGAGGUAAUAUACUACUUCAGAUGGGUCCAAAGUGUUUAUUUACAUUUGAGUUAAAUAGAUAAUAUAUUUGUGUUUUUAUUUGAAGCUAUUUGAGAUUAUUAUAAAUAUAUUAUAUAAAUAUAUGUUGUUGACGUGAUAUUAUUGAUAAUAGACUGUUUGGUGGGGGAAUAUUUGGAGUAUCUCCAUUAUCUUAUUUAUAAUUGUUAAAUAAUGAAAAGAGGCCAAAUAACCCUCCAACAUAUAGUUUUAUAUAUUUUCAAUUUUAAGGUUUUUAUUUUUUAUCCAAUUGUCAAUUGUUAAUGUAGUGAAUUGAUUAAAUAGUCUUAAUUCA